GGACCGUCUUGUUUACCUGCGUUAGUUCAUACCUGGAUACCGCUCGACGUACCUCUAUAGAUUCAGGAGAAACAGAUUCUCCCAGUUUCUAUUCUCCUUCUCUUACUAAAACAUGGAAUCAUUAACAAAAGAAAUUUUCAUUUAACCCUACGAUGUCUGAUAUUGAUGAAUAAAACAACCGGCAAGUCUUCACGAAUCUCGGCUGUUGAAAACGAAAGUUGAAUUUCUGUUCGACAAAAUGUCCAUCGAUGCCGAAGAUAAUGGGAUUCUCGUAGACUUCGACAUCACGAAAGUCGUCUUACAUGGAGGCGAGAUUAAACACAUGCUGGAAAAACAAUUCGCUGAGCACGGGACCAAAGCGCUCAAACACCCGGAUGUAGACCGCAGCACGUCAUCUUCACUUCCGCCUACGUCAGAAGCGGAAACGCUGUACGACGAACACGAAUUGGUCUCGAGAUUAGCGGACGCGGCGUCGUCCGGUGCCAGCGCUGUGUCUGGUUUACUCCACGACGUGAUGUCAUCGACGGUUUUCACCGAGGGUUCUCAGACUGUGAACAGCACGGAGGAUUCCGUUUACAUCCAGCCUUCGGAUUCCGAUUCCUGGUCGGCGGCUGACGUUGGCGCCGUGACUCUGGUAUCCUUGAUGGUGCCGUUUAUCUUGUGCAGCAAUCUUUUAGUCUUCGUCAGCGUGGUGCGGUACCGGCGUCUUCAUACGCCGACGAACUAUUUUAUCACUUCACUUGCCGCCGUGGACAUUUUGGUAUCCUUGGCCGUGCCUUUUUUCGUCGUGGUGGAGGUGUUUCAUUUCGGCGGCGCCAGCGGCCCGCAGGAUGUGUUGCUGUGCCUGCUGCCCAACCGCGUUUUGAUGAUGGCGUGCGGCGUGUCCGUCCUGACUUUAGCCACCAUCGCCUACGACCGCCACACCGCGCUGGUCUCCCCGCUGGAAUACAUCAACAUCAUGACCACCCGCAAGGUCAUGACCCUCGUGACCUUGACCUGGGUGUACUCGGCCUUCAUCGUCUGGCUGCCCUUGAUGGUGGGCUGGUACGACGUCCCGACAGAGUUAGCCCCCUGCUCGUCCGAUCUCCUCAAAGGCAAAGCCUCGCUGCUGUUCCUCGUCGCCAUUUUCCUCCCCUCCUGCGUGGCUAUCCUCGUCUGUUAUUUCCGGAUCUUCAUGGUCGCGCGGCACCACGCGAAAGCCAUCGCGGCCAUGGAACUGGCCGUACACGGCCGUCUUCAGGUCAAGUUCAUGCUCAAGGACACAAAAUACGCUAAAACAUUAGCGCUGGUGAUAGGCGUUUUCUUAGCGCUGUGGUUCCCUUAUCUGAUCUACAUCUUCGCGCUUACAAUCAGCGCCAUUAAAUUUAACAUCUGGCUACAGACCUACCUCAUCCUUCUUGCCGUCCUCAACAGCGGCAUCAACCCUUGGAUCUACGCUUUCAAGAACAAUGAAUUCCGCGCGGCUUUUCGCCGGAUGUUGAAAGAAUGUUGCUCGGACCGGUUCUGCAAGCCGGCAGACCGGCGUCCGAGUUUAGUAUCGGCGAUUAGCAGCACGCCGAGGUUGAGCCGGACGGACAGCCGGAUGGUGUCCACGCUGUUGGAGACGACACUAGAGGUCCUCAACGAGAAGCUGAAGCGGGGAGUCAACUCCCCUGAAGACUCGGGAGUUGAAGGCAGCAUCAAGUCCUCGUCCGAGCCUCGUUUCGCUCAAGUGAACAAAAAACUACGCAGGCAAACAGCGAGUUGUUGUAACUUGGAUUCCGUCAAAGAACUCACCCCAACCAAACCUUCUAGGAGGUUUUCCUUAGAUUUCAGCCAAUCCACAAGAACGUUACGUGACAUCGCAAAUCACGCAUGCGCAUUCGGAUCAAAGAGCCCGGCGUACGUGUUAGUCGAAACUUCUGAACAAUCUCCUAUUGUGAAAUCUCGACUGAUAAAAAGUUUUUCAUCAGGCGUGCAAAAACAAACGUACCCCGGGUACUUGACCCCGCAUAUAACCCCCAGCAGUUAUUUAACCCACGUCUACCCACAACUUUUAGCGACGGGGGCACAUAUACGACACUCCGAGCAUAGUUCCCCCGCUUUCUGCUACACGAAUGAGGCUCUAGAACUCGACUCCACAGAAAGCAGCGCAGCCUUCCACCCGCAGAUAGACAAUAUACGACCGUUCCCUCACCUAGGCGUCCCGGGUUCGGAUCCCUGCAGCGAUCAACUCAUUUCAUCACAUCCCGCCGUGUUGCUGUGCCAUACACAGUCGUGUCCGACCUUUGACCUUGCCAGGCUUCACUCGUUGCUGGACAGUCACUGUACGCACCUGGGGGAGUCAUCCACGGACACUGCCAGGUGCAAAGAUGUUGACAGUGCCAAGUGUCAUGACAGUGUAAAGUUUGUUGACAGUUGUGGUGGGGCUCAUGACAAUUUUUUCUUGUAGGCGUCCAGCUAUUUUUUGGCAUGUGCCGUUGGUUUAAUGUCUUUUGUGUAGUAGAGUAGUAGGUGGUGUUGUCACGUUCAGCUCUAUCCGUAGUAGAAGAGUCAGAUGACUGCAUCAUGUAGUAUUAGACAGAGGAGAGUAGAUUGGCUGCUUCGUGGAAGAGUCCACUAUUUGCCUCAAGGCUAAUUUAGCCAUGGGCGAGUCCAUUUAGUUGCCUCAGGUAGUAUUAGCCGUAGGAGAGUAGAUUGACUGCUUCAUGGAAGAAUCCACUGUGCUUCAUGGAAGAGUCCACUAUUUGCCUUAGGUUGUAUUAGCCACGGCCGAGUCCAUUUGGUAUCCUCAGGUUGUUAUUACUCGGGCGAGUCCACUAUUUUGACUCAGGUAGUACUAGCCUUUGGAGAGUAGAUAGACUGCUCCAUGUUGAACUAACAUGGGAGAGUCCACUAUUUGCCUUAUGUUGUAUUAGCCACGGGCGAGUCCAUUGUUACGAAUGAGGUAGUAUUAGCCACGGGCGAGUCCACUUUUAGCCAAGGGAGAGUAGAUAGACUGCUUCAUGUUGAACUAAUAUGGGAGAGUCCACUAUUUGCCUUAGCUUUUACUAGCCAUGGGUGAGUCCACUAUUAGCCAGGGGAGAAUAGAUUGACUGCUUCAUGUUGAACUAAUAUGGGAGAGUCCACUAUUUGCCUUAGGUUUUACUAGCCAUGGACGAGUCCACCUUUAGCCUAGGGAGAAUAAAUAGACUGCUUCAUGUUUAAUGAACAUGGAAGAGUCCACUAUUUGCCAUAGGCUUUAUUAGCCGCGGGCGAGUCCACUGUUAUGACUCAGGUAAUAUUAGUCAUGGUUUAGUCCACUGUCACUCAGGGGAGAAUAGAUUGACUGCUUUAUGUUGAACUAUUAUGGGAGAGUCUACUAUUAGCUUUGGGUUUUACUAGCCAUGGACGAAUCCACUUUUAGCCAAGGGAGAAUAGAUAGAAUACUUCAUGUUGAACUAACAUGGGAGAGUCCACUAUUUGCCUUAGUUUUUACUACCUAGCCACGGGUGAGUCCAUUAUUGGCCACGGACGAGUCCAUUAUUUGCCUUAGGUUGUAUAACCCAUCUCAAGAACUCCGUCAGUUGUCUAUGUAACAUCAUCCAUUUUCCGUGUUCACAAACAUUUCCAAGCCUCGUCUUUCAACGGUUCUCACACAACCAGAAUAUCGUCAAUGUGUUGGGUAUAUAUAUAUAUAUUUUAUAUGCUGAUCACUAUGUAAGUUUGUAUAUAGUAAGGGCUGUGUUCAAUUUAUUUUUUUACAUUUUGUUACAAAUUAUUUUUUUAUUCUACAAAAUAUUUUAUAUACAUUAAUUUAUUUUUUCAUCGAUUUUUUUACUAUGAAUAUUUUUAAAAAUAUAUUGUUAUGUUAAAGAUAAAUAUUUUGCUUUUUUCUGAUUGAUUUGUUUCUUGUUGAAUUGAUCUUGACCACUGCCAUGUAUGAAUGCUAAAUAAUAUUUAAUACAGCAUUAUUGGGUAUGUGUGUGAGAGUAUGUCUGAGUGUGUGUGCGUGUGUGUGUGUUUGUGUGUAUGUUUGUGAGCGUGAAUAACUGUGACCGGCAGUUAUAUUGAGUUCUUGUAAUU